AUGCCAGCUAAAGGUAAAUACUUCUUCAAUGAAAAUGAUGACUGCAGCAUAUCAGACCCGCUCUAUGAGAAGUACCGCUAUACAAGCCAGCAGCAUCCACUCCUGCUAUUGCUGCUCUCCAUUGCAAUCAUCUUCUGGACUACGCUAAUUAUAAUCUUUUUUGUCACUGAUGAAGCACGUUAUCAUCUUGCCUUCAUUAUUGCAGUAUGUGCUGCUCUUGUCAUAUUUGCAGUCAUGUACUUACUUUUAUGUAUUGAAUCCCUAUUUCGGAGAUGGCUAACAUUAUUUGGAGUUACGAUUUGGAUUUGCUUCUUAAUAGUAGGAUAUGUAUCUCUUUUUGAAAAAGAAAAUGAUUAUCAACUCUGGGAACAGGUGCCAUUCUUUCUAUUCAUAAUCUUCACAGUUUAUACCAUGCUGCCCUUUGGGAUGAGAGGUGCUGUCAUAAUUAGCGUUCUUUCUGCUCUCUCCCAUAUUAUUGUUCUAAGCAUUGUGGUGAGCAUGUCUUCUCGGGAAAAUAAGGAACCCAUUCUAUUUCAGCUACUUGCCAAUGCUGUCAUUUUUCUUUGUGGUAACUUGAUGGGUGCAUUUCACAAACGCCAAAUGCAGGUUGCUUCGUGGGAUUUGUAUAGAUACACAUUAAAGUGCAUUCAGGUCCGAAUGAAAUUGAAGAUUGAAAAGAGACAACAAGAAAAUUUGCUUUUAUCCAUACUGCCAGCUCAUAUCUCUAUGGAAAUGAAGCUAGCAAUCAUAGAGCGACUAAAGGAAACUAAUGAUAAUAGGCAAAUGCACGACAACAACUUCCACAGUCUAUAUGUAAAAAGGCACCAAAAUGUUAGCAUUCUUUAUGCAGACAUUGUAGGAUUUACUCGCCUUGCCAGUGACUGCUCUCCUAAGGAACUAGUAGUGAUGCUGAACGAACUUUUUGGAAAGUUUGAUCAGAUUGCAAAGGAGAAUGAAUGCAUGAGAAUAAAAAUCCUGGGAGACUGUUACUACUGUGUCUCAGGCCUACCUGUGUCCUUACCGGUUCAUGCCAGGAACUGUGUUAAAAUGGGACUCGACAUGUGUGAAGCAAUAAAGCAGGUGAGAGAAGCCACAGGAGUGGAUAUCAAUAUGAGGGUUGGUAUUCAUUCUGGGAACGUGCUGUGCGGUGUGAUCGGCCUCCGGAAGUGGCAGUAUGAUGUCUGGUCGCAUGACGUGUCCUUAGCGAACCGCAUGGAGUCAGCAGGUGUACCUGGCCGUGUACACAUCACUGAAGCAACAUUAAAUCACCUUGGCAAAGCUUAUGAAGUAGAAGAAGGGAAUGGACACCUGAGGGAUCCUUACCUUGAAUCCAUGAAUAUCAAAACCUACUUAGUGGUUGAUCCAAGGUCCAAACAAUGCGUAUCAAAUAAUCAUCUCCCUAAAACAAGAGUUAAUGAUGGGCUGAAGAUGCGAGCAUCUGUUCGGAUGACACGUUAUUUAGAGUCCUGGGGAGCAGCCAGGCCCUUUGCCCACCUGAACCACAGAGAAAGUGUGAGCAGUGACUCUUCGAGUUCACAAGGAAGGCGAAGAAAGGAAAUACCUUUGUGUUCCACUGGGCGCCAGAGAACUUCUGAUAGAAAUUCAUCUCAGAAGGGAAGGAUAGAGGAAGAUAUUUAUGAUGAAAUGAUGUCAACCAUUGAGGGCCUCAGUUCAACUAAUCCGUGGUGUGGCAAAUCACAUGACUUCUGUGGAUUUUCACUGAUUUUUGCAGAACCUGGUCUUGAAAAAGAGUAUCGCACCAUUCCUAUUCUAAAACUGAAGAGUUACUUCGCAUGUGCCAGUUUUGUGUUCCUCUGUAUAUUUCUGAUACAGCUGUUUAUAAUGCCAAAAACUGCAAAACUAGGAAUUUCCUUUGGCAUUGUUGCACUCAUCAUUGUACUUAUUUUGUUUGUGUGCUUUGCUGAGAAAUGUAUGAAGUGCUGCUCAGAACAGUGGCCUCUCCUGCGCCAUCUUUGUGCUAUCUCGGAAAAGGUGGAAACAAUGCCUUUACUUAGGCUGCCUUUAGCAGUCAUCACUAUAGGUGCCUUGCUGAUUAUAGCCAUUUUUAAUUUGACUACUGAAAGGAACAAACCUGCAAACUUUACUGGAUCAAAUGACCUGUGUGCUACCCCCUAUCCUUUUGGAAACACAACUCAAUCCUGCAUUGAGGAAACUUAUUAUGCUUACUGCUGCAUAUUGGGGUUCAUUGCUUGCUCAGUAUUUCUUCAAAUGAGCUUCGAACUCAAAGUUCUCCUCCUGUCCAUUGCUGUGACUGUAUACCUCAUCAUUUUUAAUACCCUUCAGCAUAGAAACUGGAGCUUCUAUGGCAACAGUACCAGACUUUUCAUCAAAGAGCCAAGGAUAAUGACUAAUUUAUAUCUGGUUCUGUUUUACAUAACCCUAAUUUUACUUGCAAAACAGAUUGACUAUUACUGUCGACUGGAUUGUCUGUGGAAGAAUAAGUUUAAAAAAGAACAUGAACAGUUUGAAACGAUGGAGAAUGUUAACAGGCUUUUGCUGGAAAAUGUACUUCCAGCACACGUUGCUGCCUAUUUCAUUGGUGAAAAACGAAAUGAGGACUGGUACCAUCAAUCUUAUGACUGUGUCUGUGUCAUGUUUGCAUCGGUACCAGAUUUUAAGGUGUUUUAUACUGAAUGUGAUGUCAAUAAAGAAGGCCUGGAAUGCUUGCGGCUGUUAAAUGAAAUCAUUGCUGAUUUUGAUGAGCUCUUGUUAAAACCUAAAUUUAGUGGUGUUGAAAAAAUAAAAACCAUUGGAAGCACUUACAUGGCAGCAGCUGGUCUCAGUGUUACACCAGGCCAAGAGAACAACCAGGAUAAGGAAAGACAGCAUGCUCACAUUGGGAUUAUGGUGGAAUAUGGAAUUGCCUUGAUGAGUAAACUGGAUGGCAUCAACCGACAUUCCUUCAACAAUUUCCGCUUACGAAUUGGGAUAAAUCAUGGCCCUGUGAUUGCUGGUGUGAUUGGUGCCCGGAAACCUCAGUAUGAUAUUUGGGGCAACACUGUUAAUGUUGCUAGCCGAAUGGAGAGUACGGGGGAACUUGGGAAAAUCCAGGUCACAGAAGAAACAAGUAAAAUACUACAGGAGUUGGGAUAUUCAUGUGAAUGUAGGGGACUCAUUAAUGUCAAAGGCAAGGGAGAACUGAGGACUUACUUUGUUUGCACCGAGACUGCCAAAUUCCAAGGUAUGGGACUGAACUGA